AUGGUUGAUAAUACUGAAACAGCAUCCCUCGUUUACCUUUACAAAAAGCUUGAUGAAGUACGAGUUGCCGUGGAAACAUGGCAACCGCCACCCCUGGGAGAUAUAACCUAUCAGGUCAAAACAGUAGACAUGGUUAAUCUUCUUGCGCAAGCAAGAGUAUAUCGACUAGCGGCGUUGCUAAUCAUUCAUCGGCUACAGUACCCGUUUGGCCAGCAAGAUUCCCAGGCGAAUAUCUGGUCAAACGAGAUUAUGAAAGAGUUCGAACUUGCGGACUGGGCUACCAAACAAACUACUCGUUGUGUAACAAUGCCAUAUAUUGUCGCGGCAAUAGAAAUUCAGGAUUUUCGCUCACGACUCAAGGCGCUGGAGAACGUGGACAAGUAUGUCGACAAAUUCACCCCGACGGUUCAACGAGCUGCAAAACGAUUUCUUUCUCGAAUUUGGCUAGAGCGAGACGACAAGAUAACUUAUUAUUGGUUUCAAUCAGUCUCUAAACCUUGCCCUAUUCUGAAAUCUUUCGAGUUCUAG